AAGGCCAGGGCUUUGUGAGUGAGGAUGAAUACCUGGAAAUCUCUGACAUCAAACGCGACCAGUCCGGGGAGUAUGAAUGCAGCGCCUUGAAUGACGUUGCUGCACCUGAUGUGCGGAAAGUAAAAAUCACUGUCAAUUACCCUCCCUAUAUCUCAAAAGCCAAGAACACUGGCGUUUCUGUUGGUCAGAAGGGCAUCUUGAGCUGUGAAGCGUCUGCGGUCCCCAUGGCUGAUUUUCAGUGGUUCAAGGAAGAGACCAGGUUAGCCACUGGCCUGGAUGGAGUGAGGAUUGAGAACAAAGGUCACAUAUCCACUCUGACUUUCUUCAAUGUCUCAGAGAAAGACUAUGGGAACUAUACUUGUGUGGCCUCAAACAAGCUUGGGAACACCAAUGCCAGCAUCACACUGUAUGAAAUAAGCCCCUCAUCAGCAGUGGCAGGGCCUGGAGCAGUCAUUGAUGGUGUAAACUCGGCCUCUAGAGCACUGGCAUGUCUGUGGCUCUCAGGGACCCUCUUUGCCCACUUCUUCAUCAAGUUUUGAUAAGAAAUCAUAGGUCCUCUGAGCAACGCUUGCUUCUCCAUAUCACAGACUUUAAUCUACACUGCGGAGGGCACAUCUGCUUGGGCUUCUUUUUGUUUGUUUCUGUUCUCUUUAAUUUUUUUCUUUUCUGGAUUUUUUGAUUUAUUUGAAUUUUUUUCCAGUUAAAGUGAGUGGGGUUGGGGGAGGGUUGGGCAGGGUUCUACCAUGUGUAGGAUAAUUAUUCAUUGGUGUGUUCAAAAAUGGAAUCUGUUCCUGUUACCUUGACCCUUCCUUUUUCUCUGCUUCUCUUCCCACCAUCAUUAACACCAAUCUUUUC